AUGGAGUCCGUCGGCGAUGUGGUCGACCACAUGCAGGAUGAACAAGACCGCAAAAACUCCGAGCUGCGGGACCUGAUCACUGAGAAUGGGAAGCAGCUGCUGCUGCUCUCCAAGCGCGUCAGCAGCCUAACACCAACUGCCAAUAAAUUAGGUACGCCAAGGAAUAAGCCUACUCCGAAACGUACCCGUGACUCCAAUCCUGUUCCGCCGAAGCCCUUGGUGUUUGGGACGAACGAAGUAGCGAGUGCAAGUGUCACUUGCAUCCCCCCAGAAGAAAGUCUGUUCCGGCUGUACGUGACACGCUUCGCCAACCACACGACUGCUACACAAGUGGAAGGACUCGUGAAAAAUGCCAUCGGUCAGAACGAACUGGUUCAAUGCUACUCCUUCAAGCUGCUUGAGCCGACACAAUCCCGACGGCGAUCUACGAGCUGCUGCACCGCCGCAGCCCACGGCAUGUUGGACAUCGGGAUGCACGACCCAAAGUACCGUGGAAGCCCCGACUCUCUCCGUGCCACUCCCUUAAGGCGUCCGGGACGAGGCCAAAAGUCGCGAUUGCCGUGUAACGAGUCGCUGAACAUCUACUACCAGAACGUCGGUGGCAUGAACACACGAGCUCUGGAGUACUGUCUCGCAUGCUCCGCCGUCUCAUAUGAUGUUAUCGCAGUAACGGAGACCUGGUUAAAGGCCAGCACACUGUCCACUCAAGUUUUCGGGAACGGCUACGAGGUCUUCAGGGGUGAUCGCGAGCAGUUCGUCAACAGCCAGAAGAGAGAUGGCGGGGCGUUGCUAUCGCGGUUCGUCACGGACUUCGAGCGCGAAUUGUUGUGUCCGAUGAAUGGAAGUGUGCCGAGCAAUGCAAAUGUGUUUGAAAUCAACGCAGCUUCUGUUUUGGCCGUCUCUGCCAUGGCCCGCCCCUACGAUGAACUCAUCGUCCUCGGAGAUUUCAACCUGCCAGGAUUGAUCUGGCGUCCCAGCGGCGAUGGUUUUCUGUAUGCCGACUCUGCGCUUUCAACCCAGGCCGCGCACGUGACGGAGUUUCUGGACAGCUAUUCCAGCUCCUUGCUUCAACAGAUCAACUCUUUCCCGAACGAAAACAACGUGGUGUUGGACCUCUGCUUUGUCAGCUGCCCAGAUACCGCACCCCCGCUAGUCAUCGCUCCGGCACCGCUAGUUAAGGAUGUCCGGCAUCAUCCGCCGCUGCUGCUGUCCCUGCCGGUCCGUUUGGCCACCGAGCACACGCCAGUUGUUUGUGAAGUCCGCUAUGACUAUCGCAAUUUAGACGUUCCCAGCAUGUUAGAGCUCCUGCAAAGCAUUGAUUGGGAGAACACACUUGACAAGGAUAAUCUCGACGAGGCCGUACAGACCUUUACCAACAUUCUUAGCUACGCCAUCGACAGGCACCUGCUACAAAGGAUGAGUAGACAGUGUCAUGCCGAUCACGAAGUACGUACCCAGAAGAAACUCAAGUCUAACCCGAAAGGAUUUUGGAAGUACAUCAACGAGCAGCGGAAAGAAAUCGGUUUACCGUCAUCUAUGUUCCUAGGAGACGAAACAGCAUCGAAUACGGAGGAGAUCUGCCAGCUGUUCGCCGAGAAAUUUUCGAGCGUGUUUACGCACGAGGACCUGCAACCAGAACAAGUCACCGCCGCCGCCAGCAACGUCCCAACAAACGGUCUGGGUCUGAACAGCAUUAGAAUCGAUCGCUCCAAGAUUCUGGAAGCCGUAGCCAAGCUCAAGAUAUCCAACACGACAGGCCCGGACGGAGUUCCAUCGAUUCUCUGGAAGCACGCCUUCAUGUUUCCGGUACACAAGAAAGGUGAUAAACGGAACGUGGACAACUAUCGUGGAAUAUCAGCACUGUGCGCCGUCUCGAAACUUUUCGAGCUAGCGGUCAUGGCUCCAGUUUUCUUCUUCUGCAAAAACCUGAUCAGCGAGGACCAGCACGGGUUUAUGCCAUCGCGGUCAACAACGACGAAUCUACUCACGUUUACGACGUUCGUGACCGACAGCUUCACCGCCAGAUCGCAAACCGACGCGGUGUACACCGACCUGUCGGCAGCGUUCGACAAGCUGAAUCACGCUAUUGCGAUCGCAAAACUGGAAAGGAUGGGAAUCGGCGGGACUCUCCUCAGUUGGUUCCAGUCCUAUCUGGCCGACCGGAAAAUCAACGUCAAGAUUGGAGACUGCUUGUCGGCUGCCUUGAUGGCCUUUUCAGGUAUCGCACAGGAAGUCAUCUCGGACCACUCGUCUUCCUUCUAUACUACAACGACUGCAACCACUCCCUCUCUGGACCGCGUCUGUCCUACGCAGACGACAUGA